CCACCAUGCAAUCAUUUGUAGUAAUUUUGGCGGUCGUUAGUGCCGCCGCCGCCGCUCGUCUCGACAACUUAUACCUGCCUCCCUCUUCCGGGGGCGGCGGCUCAAGUUUCGGGGGCGGCGGCACACUCGGAGGCAAGUCUCCGUCCCCCGGAGCCGCUAUUCCAAUUUUGAAACUGGAAAACGUCAACAACGGCGAUGGGAGUUACAAUUGGGCUUACGAAACCGGAAAUGGGAUUGCGGCUGACGAAAGGGGCCAAUUGAAAAAUGCCGGAUCAAAAAACGAAGCCCAAUCUGCGAGUGGAUCUUUCAGUUAUACCGCCCCCGAUGGUCAAAAAAUAACGGUUUCGUAUAUUGCUGACGAAAAUGGUUUCCAACCGCAAGGGUCUCAUUUGCCCACGCCGCCCCCAAUUCCGGAGGCUAUUCUGAAGUCGCUUCAGCAGAUUAAGGCUAGUGGGGGUGGGCAAUAUAGUGUGCCUGCCGGUGCUGGGGCUUUGCCCCUUCAGCCCACGCAGGGUGGGUACAGAUACUAAUUUUUGAUGUAAAUUAUUGUGAGUUAAAUGUGAAAAAUAGUACAAUAUAAAUGAAUUUGAUAAUUUA